CAGCCUGAGGGACCAGAUGAAGCAGCAGUUCAUGGAGUGCAGCGCUGCAGUUCAUGCCAGUCAAGAAAGUUUCCUUGAUCACGUCAUUGAAGAAAACUUUAUCAACAAUGCCGCAGAAGGUUUGGAAAGAGAGAUGGAGGAAUUAAAAGUCUCUUUCCAGAACAAGACAUUAGCCUUGCAAAGGAUCCAACUUAUGGUUGCCCUGAGAAACAAAGUGAAGCAAAAUGAUAAUGACUCACGACUGAUCACGGAAACUAUGAAACACGUAAUAAAGCUCAGCAAGGCAGUAGUUGAAUGUCAGCAGCAAGCACGUGAGAAGGAACAGAAAUUGAUGGACAUUAAAAGGAAAAGACUCUCGCUAAAAAAAGCCGGACGACAGAAACUACUGCAAAUUCAUACCAUGAUGAAAAAACAAAGGGAGGAAAAGACAAGGAUGAAAGUGAGCGGAAUGAUGGAGAAGAUACGUAAUAACUUAGAAAAAGAGAGAGAGAUGACUAUAGUAAUUCAGAAUGUAUUCCAGAGUAUCAUAAUUGGAAGCAGAGUUAACUGGGCAGAAAAUCCAUCUUUAAAGGCAGUUGUUCUACAGCUUGAAAAAAACGUCUAUUUUCUGUGAGUCAGGAGAAACGGCGUUUGAUUUUAUACAGCGUAUGUAAUCAACGUACUAAAUUUUAUAGAUUAAUAUGCAUCAUGAAAGCACAGUUCAAGAAUUUGAAAAUUUAACCUUUCUGGAAGUUGUUGUCCUCUCUAGAGACUCGGAAUGUGGCCACGCACCUCUUUGAAGUGAAAUUUAAUUCCUGAUACACAACAAACGUUUGAACAGGUAGCAUACCUGAGGUACUACCAGAAGAGCCACUUCAUAGCUGUUCUGCCCCAAGCGCUCAUCUCCCUCUGAAAGGCAGCAAUAACGUAAGAAAGAAGAAUAAUGUAUAUAUUUCAAGUUUUUAUGUAAAAGUGGGCUGAAACCAAGGAUCUGCUGUUUCUAUCCUCUUCCUCUGGGCACCCGCAGGCUGCAGAGCUCCGACAGCAUGCGUGACCCUGCUCUGCCCCUGUGGAAAGCCCAAACCGGAAAACUUAGCUAAGUCAGUCCUUGGGUUUUUAUUUCCCUUCUUUUUAUUAAAGCAUUACGUAUAAUUUUAAACACCAGAAAGUUUAUACUCUUAAUUGUAACAGUCACUUGUGCCUGUGCUAUAUGCUGAUUAGUUACGCAGAGCAUCCAGCAGUAGGCAGACGCAACCUGUAGAUGCCGUCCCACCUGCAGGGAAAAUGGAAGAGGUGACUUCAUGCUAUCGGCUGUGCAGCUAAGCAGUAUUUUAAAUGUACUUUUUCAUUGACAAUUGCAUUUUUACGUUUGAAGAAAAUUGAGCUGAUCAUCACGUGUAACGUGUUAAAAUAUUGUCACUUUUAAUUUGGUGAGCAUCAGCUUUUAAAAGGCGGAUGUAUGUGUCUCGAUCGAAUAAAAAGAAAGCGCA